AUGUGGGCGUCGCAGCGUGGCGAGGUUGCGCGACAAGGGGACGCCCACGCAGGCGCUUCAUGGGGGACCCGCGCGGCGGCGCCGGCUCCGUCGGAGAGCAGCGGCGGCACUCCGCGGUCAACAUGGCGGCCGCGUGGGCGUGCGGGACAAUUCGAAAGCUUCGAGUCGGCCCACGCGCGGCCCGAGCCCCGGGAUGCGUCGCCGAGCGCGAACGGCGACCAGGCACCGGUGCGCCAACCGCAGGGCACCGAUGGAGAGACAAGCUGGCAGUGGCAGCCCUUCACAACAUCUGCAGCAACGGCAAAAGCCAGCAGCUUCGAAGCUAAUAUUUGUCAAUUAAAACGGCACGAUGUGGAGGCAGCGAAGAGCAUGAACCUACAUAUUGAUACAGCUCAGCUUUUCGAAGUGCAAGAUGCGGAGGAUGGCUUGACUGCGGUCAUGGUGGCCUGGCUUUCCGGCAUCGCGCAUAUCAAAAAGACAAACAAUACGAGCUGCCAUCUUGAGAGGCUUUGUCCUAUUCUAACCUAGAUACUCGCGGCUAGGGCUAGGUGCAAGCCACGGGAUUAAUACAACCAAGAAAACUCAUGUAGCCUGAUUUCUGAUCACAUAGUCCGAUCGCCGAAGUCUGGUGAAACUCCUGUCAUAAUAAGUUUCACAAUCCGAAAUAACAAAAGUUUUUUUUUUUUUUUUCUUAAAAUGGCGGCUGCAAGUUGUGUGACUCAUAGUAUGCUUCAAUUCAUGACCGGUUUUAUUCGUUUAUAUUCAUCACAUUUCUCUAGUCCUAUGUGUUGUUUCCAAUUCAACUAACUGUGAGGCACCUGUUUGCAGUAGUUCCAUUUUUUUCUUUUUUUAUGUUUCAAAAACUGUUUGCGUCAUACCAUGUCUGGAAUUCUGCACCGUUAAUACGAAAUGUUAACUUUAAUCUUAUGUUGAGAUACUUUCCUAAGAAUGGAGUAGACUGUCAUUCAACGUUGUUCUUUUAUCUCUCCUGUUCAUACUUUGCACAUUACUUCAAUCAAAAGACACCACCAGUGUUCGACAUUUCCGUGUAAGUGAAAUGCUUUGGUUGUUCAUUUUGUUCAUGGCCUGUUCAUUUUUCAUAGGACAGUACUGCUAUGUAUAAAUAUUCCUGUUUGGCUAUUCAUUAGAACGUAUUUUAACAUUAGCUGUUUAAAUUUAAGGCUUCCUUUUUUUUUCAGAAGGAA